ACCAUGAGUAUGCGCUGGAUCCAGCAGACAGUAUGGCGGACAACGAAAGUGAUUUAGAAACAGACGGGCUUGAAUUAGCCCUGGACGCUCUUUAUUUGAGACACUGCAGCGACGAGUCUUCUCUGAACAGCAAGGAGUACUGCUCUGAGUUUUGUGAGCUUGUAGAAGAGUACACAGGUCAGUGGCAUGUCCCUCUCCCUCAGCUCAAGGUGCUGCGGACUGCACUCUGCAAUUUUACCAAAGCCACGGCUGCCUUUCCUGAUGACUGUCAGCACAUCCAAUAUGUCCUCAGCAGUCUGGCCUUGAGCUUCUUUGAACUGAUGCUGUUUUUCAGCAAAGAAGAGUUUGUGGAAGAGCCUUUAAAAGACAUCCUUGAUACUUUCCAGGAAUGCCACUGUAAACUACUGAGGCACAGGAACAUCUACCUUCAGCAUGUGAAGCAGAUUAUGAAGUGUGGAGGUCCAUGGGAGAAUCCAGUGUUGCAAGGAAUUUUAAAAGAGGCAGAAAUGCCACCAAAUGAAGUUGAGAACUACUUGGGUUCAGAAUUGCCAAUAUUCCUGGAGCUGCGGGUUCGAUAUCUGCAAGCCUGUGAACGAAUGCAGGAAGCCAUGGCUCUAUCUAAAUGCUGUCUGGAAAAUCAUGAAACUGGAAAGCAUCUGUACUUCCAUCAGGCCUACCUGACCUGCCUUUACAAGGCCUCACUGUAUGAAAAUCUCCAAAAAGAAAUGGCAGAAAUAGAUGGCCGUGAUGCAGUGGAGAUUAUUUGCAACACAGAGAGUGUGGAGAAAGAUGAACUUUUGUUGUCAUUGUGCAAAACGUUUCUCAUUCGGCAGCUAAAUAAUGGGGACAUGUAUUACAUCUGGGACUUGGUUUUCAUCUGGAGCAGGUUGUAUCUUAGGGCCCAUCCCUCUCGACAAGGAUUCCUACCUGAGUGCUUACAGCUAGCGUCUUCUGUUACCAAUGUCAGAGCCAUCUUCCCUUUCAUCAAACUGGUCACUACAGAGCUGGGCACUGAAGGGGUCCAGGUCUGUGUGGAGCUCUGUGCCAGAGCCUUACAGCUGUGUGAUGCGCAGGCUGACUCUGUAACCCAGUCCCUGGUCUGCAAGACGAUCGCCUUCCUGUUGCCUCAUGACCUGGAGAUUUGUCGAGCGUGUGCUCUGCUUGUUUUUUGCCAAGAACGAAGCCUUGAGGCGUACCGAACUGUCUGCCUGCUUUACAUGCAUCCUGAUGAGGAGCAGCAUCCUCAUAAUAACCCUGUCCGGACUAAUGUUCGCUUUCAUAUUCUGCAGAUGCUCAAGGAGCGCCUGUGUUUUGACCCAGAAUUUUGGAACCUUUUCGCUCUCCGGACUCAUUGUUUAGAGUUGAUGAGUGACAACAUAGUGAAGGAUGCCGUACUUAUUGAGAUAAAAGAGGAAGAGGAGAAGGCAUACCACGAGGAAGAGGAGAAGGCAUACCACGAGGAGCUCUUACCAAAUAACCGUAUAAAUGAGUCAUGCACUGUAGGCUUCAAUUCACGCCACUGCACUCAAACAGCACUUGUGAAUCAGGACCACCUACAAAAGCAAACUGUAGAUGUAGAAGAGAAAAAGUGUGUUGUACCAAACAACACUUCUCUAAAGAGUAGGAAAUGGAGGCACAGACUCAGAGAGCGAAGGCAGUCCUUGUCUGAUGAUGAGUUUGAACCAGGUAAUGAUCCAGAGUUCAAAUAUAAUGUUAAAUCUGCUUCUCUGAGGAAUAAACCGAUGUACUCACUGAGAAAAAAUCACUCUAUCAGAGAGCAUUCUGCCUCUGUUAAGCUCCCUCGGAACCGCAAAAGAGAAUACCUGUCUAGAUGUGUUAAGAGUCAAAUUCUUAAAAGGAAAGGUCGGAAGAAGAGAUGGUUGCAAGGUAUCCCAAGGUUGGAACAAGCGCAGACUUGUAAAGAGAAGAAGCUCAUCGUUGGAGGCGAAAGACGAGGAAGAAAGCCUUUACCAAAACCGGAGCUUUCUUUCCCUGAUAAUGAAAUAUACCUUUCAGAGGAAUCUUCUGGUUUUGAGGCAAAGACAAACACAAAAGACACCCAGCCAAAUAUGCUUUAUGAGAAUAUUAAACUUGUGAUCAAAUGUGAAGAGAAAGAAAAUGGGUUUGAGAAUCUGAGGGAUACUACAAUGGAAAAUGGAGAAGACUCAAACUUAGUUUGUGGUCAUAGUCCAAGUAAACCCAGCCAAGAGGAACUACAAACAAAGCUGGAGGCUAAACUAUGUGAUGAUCCCCAGAGUCGGGGUCAAGCAGCUGUUCCUGCUGCUGAAGCUAACCCUGAACUUGAUGGUCCACUUUUUGAGUUCCUUGAUAAUCCAGUGGAAAUGUUUCACAGUUACUCCCUUCUAUCCGGAAACAUUGAUGAGGAGACACCACAACCUCCAGAACCCAGUGCAUUGGAUGAAAUUAACGGUGAAGCAGAACAGGAACCCAAGCCAGAACCAGUUACUAAAGUUUCAAAAUCUCAGGUAAAAGCUGGCUCAACAUGGAGAGAAAGAGUACUUCGCACUCAGCUGUAUGGACAUUUGAUACACUUUUGCAAGGUCUGCGAUAAAACCUAUAAGGGUUUGAAUGUCAUGAGACAUGCAGUCUCUCAUCUAAAGAAUAAAAGACCAAGGUGCAUACUCUGUGGAAAACGCUUUAAACUGUUUCAUUUGGCCAAAAAGCACAUUUUGGACCACAUCGAUGAAAUGUGCAAACAGAAACCGGACACAGAGAAAAAGCUCCCUGCAAACGGUAUCAAGGAAAACGUGGGAAAUGAGUGCCAGCCUCAGGAUGAAAAUCAGAAUUCUGAUUCUAAACAAAAAACUUCUGAACAGAAACCUAGAGGCAAAACGAAAACAAUUCUUAGCAGGAAAGACCGCAUCAUCAAAAACAUCCGCACUCUCAUUAAAAGAUCUUGGGUGCUUUGCAAAAAAGGUCAAAACCCAGAUGCAAGUACAAUAGAAAAACAAAUGGACUUCAAGGAUGAGCAGGUAGUCAUUACGGAUGAUCUGGUGAUAAUAAAAGAUGCAACUUUGAUGGAGACAAAAGGGGAAGAGUUGAAUGAGUCUGGAGCAAAUGGUGUUAGUGUGGACAAAACGUAUCAUCUGUGUCCAUCAGAGUCAUGUGACAAAGUAUUUCUGAAGAUUGGCGGUACACUGUCGAGGCAUGCUAUCAAACACCAUAUUGAUGAAAAUGGUGUGCUAGAAAAGGUUUUCGUUUGGGCCAAACACAAGUGCAGCUUUUGUGGCAGGCAGAUAGACUUCCUUCCGCAGUUCAAGGACCACAUAAAGCUCCACAACCUCCCUCUUCCUCUCUUCUGCUAUCAGCAGGGGUGUGAACAGCGCUUUUCAACUCAGCAUGAUUUAAGGGAUCAUAUCAAUACUCACACGCCCUUAUUGCCUCAGUGUCUAUACCCAAAAUGUGAGAAGAUUUUCUCAAGUAUACAUGGACUGUAUGACCACGAAUGGAGGCACUACAUUCCAGUGCCACAGCGAGAGGAGCUGGAGUUGGGACCCAGUAAAUCGAUGGAUCCAAGCGAAGAAGCACCAUGGAAGCAAAGAGUAAAGGUGGAGGAGAUUUGGCUUCAGAAUAAAAAGAAUCAGAUGGAGACUCCGACUCGAGUUUUUCACACAAAUUGGAUUAAAUUGGAAGAUGAACGCUGUGAAAAAAGUAUCACUGACAGUUUGAAUGAACCUGAAGCUGAGAGAUGUAAAAGUGUCCCAGACAAAAGUCAAACUUUGUCUGUGCACGAUGAUGGUUCAGCAACAACAGUCAAUCAUGAGCACAAGGCUGAUGAUGUUAAACCAACUGUAAAUGGAAAUGAGGAGGUGAUGACAAAGAUAAAGGAAGAAAUCCUGUCCACUCCCCAUGCUGCCGUUAAAACCAGUUCCAAGAAGAAAGCUGAAAAGAAGAAAGGUGGAAAAAAACCUCGGGACUGGGAUAUCAUAAAUGUCAAAAAUUCCACAGAAACUACCACCUUGGUUGAGGGAAUUGAGAAGAACAUGGCAGAGCCGCACAUCACCGAGCACAAAACUUUCAAGCCUGAAGAUCCUGCCUAUGCGCCGUUUGUAAAAGCCCCCUUUAUCCGUCCUCCACCUUCCACAUACCUAGAUGAAUCUCUGCUCUCGAUGCGCAAGAGGAGGGCCGUCGAUGAGCCCCCUGUCCAAAAACCCUCCCACAACCGUUAUAAGAAAAAGAAAGAGGCCGAAAAAGAGCAGCAGGAGCUUGUAGACCCAGAGCUGAAGGUCAGACAUCGCUGUGACAAAUGUCUCGCCUUCUUCAGCACCUUAGAAGAAUUGCAGAAACAUCAAGCACUCAACACCUGCUCUUCUCUCUUUGGUUUUGAUUCUGACGAUGAAAGUUAGCAUGAUGGAUUUACUGAUUGAGACAGUGCAGCAUAAAACCUCUAAGCUUUUCCAAAAAAAAAGCCACUUAUUAUUAUUUUUAUUUCACGUCUCCGAAUAGGAACGUCUACUGGAUUUUGUUGCAUUUAUGUUAUUAAAAGAAAAGAAAGCACUAAAAUAUCUCAUUUGUUAAAAGCAAUAAAAUA